UGGAUUUCGCAGGCUGCGCUGUGCUAAAUAUUAGCGAUGCAUCUUCUGAUUUUUUCCUGCGUCCUGCGAAGACUCGCUUGAGCCUCGAGCCCGUGCUGUUGGUGGACGAUGUGCCUCUCGAUGGUGAAGGUGGGGGACUCUGUGAUGGUGAGUUGAAAGGGAUGGGGCGAGAGAGUAUCUGGCCCAUGGAAGAUGGGAGGGAGGAGGAACGAGGGGCUGGGGCAGCGCCCGAGGGGAAGAGAUGCUUUGUGGAUGAAGAGGAGACAGAGUGAUCGGGGGUAAUGAUAUCGGAUUGGCUCGAGUUUGAUGCAGGGGCAGCGGGCAGGAGGACAGAGUCGCCUGCGGAUGACGAGAGCGAGCUGGAAAGGGAUGUCGAGGAUACAGAAGAGAGCAUGAUGCCGGUCUGGGCUGCCUCGAUGGGACAAUGUGGCAUGGCAAGCGGUCAGGAGGGGGAAUAGAAAGAGAAUUGAUAGAUAUAGGAAUGUGUCGUGAGGAUGUGACCUGCAAUCUUGAUAGACAGUGAAUCCGAAUGAUAUUGGGCGGGGCGCUAAGCCUGGCAGAGAGUCUGGGGUGCUGCGGUGCUGGAAACGGGCGAGGGGGCAGCGCGAGGCAAUGCGGGUGUAGCGAGGCAACAACGAGACGGUGGGUGACGGUGCAAGGGGAGGUCACGCCCUUUUGAUCGUAUCAAAAAGGAGUAAUGCUCGAGCCCCUACCGCCGAGCCCCUAGCGAGUGCAUCAAUAUACUUCUUUCUGCUCUGUUGUGU